AUGAAUAAAUUUAGUUCACGUAGCAAUUUUUCUUUAGAUAGCCUUGAAACAGAUUUAAAAAAUAACCCAAUACCUAAAAUAACUACACCCGAGGAAAACAUGGAAACAAUCCUAGUGCCUUUUUAUGAAAAAGAUGUCCUUAUAAAGGUGCCACGGCUUUCAAAAGAAAAGAAACGUGAUAAGAAAAAUAAUAAAACAAAAAAAGAAAGUGAACCAAAGAGCUACCUCGUCAACAAAAAUGUUCAACAAAAUAAAAAAUCAAGUUAUUUAGACUUAUUUAGGAAGCAAUUCAUCGAACAUACUGUAUGCAAAAAGAAACAGACAACGGAAAUACGCUCUAUGUCCCCUCAAGUUGGAGACACUGAAAUAGGAAGUAUAGAAGACGAAGUGAACCAAAAUAAUAGUUCAGAUUUUUAUAAUACUGAAGCAUAUAAUGAUGUUUACUAUGAGAAACUUAUUAAUCAAGAUAUGGAAUUUUAUUUAGACCAGUCUCUAGAAGAAUUACAAUUUAGUCAGGACCUUGAAUAUAAAUCCCAGGAUGAAAUGGAAAACUUGAAAAGUGUUUCUGAAGUGUCCCAGAGACGAGAACAUAGAAGACGUGCUACAGUUCAACCGAUGCACGACAUGAAACUAGGUGGCUUAGGGCCAGAUACAGAAAAUAUUCGACCAAGAUUAGAAAGAGCAAGAAGCCUACAGAGAUAUUCUGAAAAGGUGAGAAUGGAAAAUCGUCUUAGAAUUUACAAAAAAGCAGUCGAAGAGGAGAGCAAAAAGAAUCUUGAACGACAAGCUUCAACCAGCAAACCUGGAUCGGCUAAGAAAAAUGUAAAUAAUGACGAUCAUACAAAUUCCUAUCUGGUAAAUAAAAGCAUGAAAGAGAAAUCAUCGGUGAUAAAAAAGAUUUACCACGGUAAGUCAAGGUCAGCAAGUGUUCAAAAUCAAAGAGCUAGAGAGAAACCAACAAACAAUAAAAUGUCUGCAGCCGCGGAUGAACAAAAAACAAGGAAAAGCAACACUGCUAGAAAUAGUGGGUCUGUUAGAAAUAUGAAUAAAACAGAUUCUAAUUCUAACAACGGAAACGAUAAAAGAAGAUCUAAAGGAACAGAUAAGGGAAACAAUACAGAUAACGACAACCAAUAUACAGUAAAAAAAGUUCAACCAGUGGAGAUAAGCUUUCUGGUAAAUAUCGAUACAGGCUUGAGGCCAUCCAGUGCUUUGCGUAAGUUAGAAGAAAAGCACAGACUGUAUCAAGAAAAGGUUAAGGCAUUUACGUCUGACUACAGAAAUUAA